AUGGAAAAUGGCAACUUCUCCCAACCAUCCGUACUGACGCUCAGAUUUGGAGACCUAAAAGCACUGAGAUAUCUUUAUUGUGUCAUAGCUGUGUCUGUGUACCUAUCAAUUCUUAUUUUCAAUGGCAUAGUGAUCACUACUAUUAAACAGAACAGGAGUCUUCACGAGCCAAUGUACAUUUUUAUAUCUGUCUUGUGCUUUAAUGGCCUCUACGGGAGUAGCUCUUUUUUCCUCGGUCUCUUUGUGAACCUUCUUCAGGAAACCCAAACUAUUUCGUACAGCUCAUGCCUGGCACAAGUGUUUUGCAUCCACACCUAUGGGUCCUUUGAGAUGACCAUACUGGCAGUGAUGGCCUAUGACAGUUAUGUGUGCAUCUGUAACCCGCUGAGAUACCCCAGCAUCAUGACCUCAUCGACAGUAUUCAAAUUGAUUCUUGGAGCUUAUCUACAGCCUGUAAUAAUAUUUGGCUGCCAAUUUAUAUUCACGGUUAGACUGCCAUUGUGUUCCUCAGAAAUCUUGAAGAUCUACUGUGACAACUGGUCGGUGGUGAGACUCUCUUGCGUUGACACAACGUUGAACAAUUACUUUGGAAUCUUUGUGACUACAGCUAUGCUGGGGGUGAAUCCGCUCUUUAUAUUCUUUACUUAUGUUCAGAUUUUUAGGGUCUGUGGGAAAUCUUCAAAAGCAGUUAGAGACAAGUCCCUUCAGACCUGUACUCUGCACUUGAUAAGCAUUGUAACCUUCAUCCUUGAUACCCUCUUUGAGCUCCUCCUAUACCGAUAUGCACCAGAAAAGCUGCCGUAUGAAUUCAGAGUCAUCAUGUCUCUCCAGUUUCUGGUGGUGCCACCAUUGCUAAAUCCUUUCCUUUAUGGGGUGAAGAUGAAGAACAUAAGGACUAAGGUAAUAGGUCUCUUUCAGAAGAAAAGGCUUUAA